UUUUUGACAUUCGUUGAGUUUAAACAACGCGGCCGGUUUCUGUAGUUUUCCCAAAAAGAAAAAGAAAAAGAAAAAAAAACCAAGCAGAGAAUCGAGAGACACAGACACGCUACCUGCCCUAGCACUCUGCGAAGCUGCGACUGUGCGCAGUGCACGCUCCACCUCGGACCUGCGGGUUUCCUCUGCACCGCCGGACCAGCGACGGCGAGAGGAGUCGCCGGAGUAGGGGCAGAGCAUAGGGUUUAAGUCAUCGUCGGAGUUUUUAGCUUCUUCAGUUUUUUGACUCCAGUACUUCCUAGCUGCAUUGAAGUACUUAUGUGAUCCCAGCAAUCAUGUAAGGAACUGGCUUAAUGCUUUAUGACUUCAGAGUAGUUAGUGAUCUGCAACAUGGAAAAAGUAUCUCCUGACUGUCCAUAUCCAGGAUGCUUCUUCUGUGUCAUGAAGGAAGCAAAUCCAAGUAAGCGCAGAGCAAGUAUUCUUAAAUUUUUCAGGGAACUUCCUUUGCAGGACGAUGAUGGUCAAGUUCUCCCAAUCAGUGGUCUUUGGAACACUGCCAUGGCACAUCCUAAUGACCCCGAGUUUAUUGAAUUAGGAAUAUUUGAGUGCAUGGCUGCACUAAUAUGGAAGGGUUUGAAGAACUGCCGCUGGCUUUCUCAUGAUCAAAAUAUAUAUAUUCCUUAUUAUGCGGCACACAUCAUUGGGUCUUACACGAUGAACAUGGAAGAGUUUGCUGAAAGUGCUGUGCAUGCUGGGGUAAUUCCUCCAUUAGUUGAACUUCUGAGAGGGAGGCUGACUUGGGUUGAGCAGAGAGUGGCAGUUCGAGCUUUAGGACACUUAGCUACUUAUGCCAGCACUUUUCCUGCUGUAGCAAGUCAUGGGGAAAUCCUUGAACUUUCCAUUCAGCUGGCAAUGAGUUCAUUAGAAAUUGUUUACUCUCAUUUUUACCAGUAUGUUGACAUAAGGCUGAGUUAUCACUGUGAUCUGCUUACACGUGGCAUGGGUGGUGUUGAAAUGGAGUCAAGAAAGGCAGAGGAAUGGGCUAGUCAGUUGCAGUGCUGGUCCCUUCAGCUUAUUAAUUGCUUUGCAUUUAAACCUGAGUUUCUUUCUAUUAUAUGCAAGCCUGAGUUUUUAAUGAAGCUACCGGGCAUGUGGGGUGGACUUGUUAAUGAAAAUUCACCAGCUGGUAUUGGCUUAUUACGAACAAUUUGUCAUCAUAAGCUUGGAAGGGGUCCUGUUGGUAGCUGUUCAGGUAUUGUUGAAGCAUUGUGUAACAUUGCCCGCUCAUCAGAUGAUUGGCAAUAUAUGGCUGUUGAUUGUCUUCUAUGGUUGUUCCAAGAUACAAGUACUUGCCAUAAGGUGAUUGAUAAGGCAGUUUCGGUGCUAGUAGACCUUUCGGAGAUCUCAACUCUUGGGGACCACAAAAAACUUGGGGAUUCUAUUGUUAAUGUUCUUCAGGAAUGCAUCCAAUCACAAGGGGCAGGACGUAUCACUAACCGCACAAAAGAGCUGAUUGAGGAAGUUUUAAAUUCCAGACAGAGAUUGAAAUGGGAAAAGACCAUGCCAAAAGAAGAUCUCCAUAUUAAACAGGCAGCUGCACUUGUUGUCAAGCUUGAAGGAAAUUCCUUGUUCUCGUCAGGAAAUAUAUCUGGAGCUGCAUCAAAAUACUCAGAAGCACUGGCAUUGUGCCCAAUGAGGUCCAAAAAAGAAAGAGUUGUGCUGUACAGCAAUCGAGCUCAGUGUUAUCUUUUGAUGCAACAACCCUUGGCAGCCAUAAGUGAUGCUACACGUGCACUUUGUCUCCAUAAUCCUCUUAAUCGUCAUGCCAAAAGCCUUUGGAGACGAGCUCAGGCUUAUGACAUGCUUGGGUUAGCCAAAGAGAGUUUGUUGGAUGCCAUUUUGUUUAUAAAUGAGUGUUCUCAGUCGAAUGACCCUGAUCUCUCCUUGAGGCAAAACAAGGUUCCUGAUUAUGCUGAGCGAUUAGUUAAGAAGCAGAUGCGUGCUGCUUGGUUAUUCAGGGAUGCAGCUAUUAAACAUGGAGGUGUCCACUGUGAGGGUGAUGCUGGUGAUAUCUAUGGUCCAGAGACUGAUGAUUCUGAAUGGGAGACUGCGAGUGAAAGUGAUGGAGAAAAUGAUGGAAGAGAUGAAAUUGGUGGUGAUGAUUGUGAAUGGAAGAAUGGGGAUGAUAGGAAAGACAAGUAUGAUAAACCUUCUGUUAAAGACAUAAAGCAUGGAUACAAUAUGCAGCUUGUGGAAGAUGAGCCAUGAGCGUAAGACCAGGGACGCUUCUCUUGAAGUGCAAACAUGGGCAGAUGAUGAUAUAAUGGAAUCAGGAAGUUUGCUGCUUUGGCUGUGGUAUCACAUUCAGCUCCUUGGCCUCCUUGAGCUCACCCCACCAUGUGCAUAACAAGCAGUUUCAUUGGAAGCUGUUGGGAGCUGAAUCUGUCUGUUUGUGUUCUAAAUAAAUCCUUUUCUACGCGUAAGUGUUUUGUGUGUAUGUGUGUGCGUGAAAAAAAUUCAACUGGAGAACAGAAUGUUUAGGGGAGGUAAGGCCUUGUUCUCCCCUCUUUUUUUUUUUUUCCCUUUUUUUCCUUCCUCUUUUUUGGGGGUGAGUAAUUUAAGAAACUGGUGUAUAGAGAACGUUUCAAGGGCUUUUGAUUUUUGAACCAUCCGUCCUUUUCUAGGGGAUUCUGAUUUUUAUUCUUUGAAUGGCAAUUGUGAUUUUUUUUGUUCUU